AUGGCAGAGGUGGAAGGCGACACUACAGACAUCGUUGCGGGUGAGGACUACGAGGACCUAGCCCACAUGAAGGGCCCCGAGCCUGAAGUAGCCCGGGUUAUGGAUACUGAUGAGGUCAAGGCGAGGAGGAGGGAAUGGAAGGCCAGGGAAUUCAGGCAAUAUCUGGUGGACGCUGGUUUGGUUGACGCAAUUGUGAAGAUGUUCGUGGGUCUAUUAGAAGCUGACCAACUACCUCAUCUGGAUGGCAGCCGUCCAGAGACCCACCACGACAUGGGGAAUAGGAUACUCACA